UGUAACAAAAGCUAAAAUGUCAUUUCGAUUUCUGAAGCGUGAACGGGGAGGUUGGCAUCCCUUCCUAUAUGCCAUGACGGUCGACAUAUGCCAUUUUUUUGACGGCACCUUUAAGAAUCCUUUGACCACCAUCAUUUAUAACUAUAUGAAGGCGUAUACGAAUUUUAACCAUAGCUGCCCCUAUCUGGCCAACACUGAUAUUCGAUUGAUUCGGUUCAAUCUGAAUGAACUGGACAUUCUCAGCCGAUUUCCAGUAGAUGAUGGGGUAUAUGGUCUGCACACAUCGUGGUACAUCAAAAAUACCUUGGUCUGUCAAAUGAAUUCUUCGGCGUCCUUAACAAAAUCCUAUAGGAGGCCAUAG